AUGAGCCGCCUGACUUCGGCCGUCCCCACUGAGCAGUACCUCGCGGACAGCCAGGUUCUGUUUUAUCUGAAUGACGCCGUGACCCAGCUGCUGGACCACAAGGAGGAGUACACCCAGUUCGGCUUGGUUCGAUACUUCGCCGAAUAUUUCAGCAGCGUGAAGAACAGCAACCAUGUACUCUUCAGGGAGUUUAGCUACAUCAGAGCCACCCAGCACAACAGAGCGUCCUUCAUCAGAGUCUUCUGGAGAUGCUUCAGACAGAUCGGCAAGAGUGGAGACUUGCUGUCCGUGCUGGAGUACAGGUCUCUGCUGCAGUUGCUGUGUCCAGAUUUCCCCCUGGAGGUGGUGCGGAGCGCAGCCAGAAUCGUUCUGAUGGAUGACGCCACUGAUUGUCUGAUGUCGUUCUCUGACUUUAUUUAUGCCUUUCAGCUGCAGUUCUACUACCAAGAGUUCCUGGACAGCGUUCAGGUGAUCUACCAGGAUCUGUUAGCCGGGAAGAGCCCCAACACCGUCAUCGUCCCCACGUCCUCCUCCGUGGAGCAGCUCAUGGCCGUGGCCGCAGAGGAGAACGACAGGGAGGAGCAGCAGCAGGACGGCGUGGAUUCGUCCACGCUGGCUGAGUGCGUGGACGCGCUUUGUGACAGGUUCAAGCACAGCUAUCCCUCCAGGACGUGCACGAGGGAAGUCCUGGAGCAGAUCGAGAAGGUUUCUUACUACGGCUUCCUCAUGAGUCUGGCUAAACAUGAGGGCAUCAACCAGGCUAUCGGAGCGUUACCCAGCAAGGAGGAGCUGCUCAUUGACCCAGAAAUGGACCAGGAACUCGACAAAUUAAUCGCUCAGAUCUCUGUGAGUCCCGGCAGCAACAGCAGCGGCAGCGCCGUGGGGGGGUUGAAGGAGGUGCAGAGGAGGGCCUCCCCACGCAGGAACAUCCACCACCGCAGGAAAAUAGAGGUGGAGAGCGACGGCUCCACCGAGGAGACGGACUCCUCUGAAAACUGAAUCUAAACCUGCUGGUUGGUGCUGGUCCGUCCAUCUUAAAGAGCAGAGUCGCCAUUUUUCAUUACAUAUUGUUUAUUGUUUAUUAAUCAGCAAAUAAAUGUGUUCCUUUUACAACAACAGCUAAUGAAUUACUAGAAACUAUGGAAGAAAUGUAUUCUCAUCAGAAUCCGACUUUUUUUUAAGUUGCUGAAUUUCCAUCCUGCUGCUGUUCCAUGGGGUCAACAGUAAGAACUCUAUGAUGGACAGGAAAGGAGAUUCGGACUGCUGUGCCAAUUUCGGACAGCCUUUAACUCCGACGUCAAUAUGUGACGGAAACGCACGUGAUUAAAAAAAAGAAUCACAUACAUAAUUUGACAGGAUAAAAAUUCAAUCUUAUAAAUUAAAUCUCUAAAAAAAAUCUUAUGCUAAUGAGACUAGAUUUCUUCCACCAUAAAAUCAGAAGAAAGAAACCUCGAGAUGUUACCAAAAAAAUCAAACUUGACGCUACAAUUUGGGGCAAAACUGCUUUCAGCUGACCUUUAAGUGUAGAUAUGUUGCUUUUUUUUCUUUUAAUCUGUAAAUGAGCUUCUUAAUUAAUAUGUAUAUGUAAAAAUCUGUUUUAAUUUUGUGUCCGGUAAUCUUUAAAAUUUCUAGUAUUUAUGGAAAACAGGCUCUAUUUAAAUGUUGACAAUGAAACAAAUAUGUUAUGAAUGUACCUUACAAGCAAAAUGUAGCCUAUUUAUUGUUGAAGAUAUUUAUGAAUUAAGGUAAAAAAUAUAUGAAACGUUUUUUUUAAUCCUUCAUAUCACUAUGUGUUUGCUCUUCAUUUUAAUCCUCUUCAAUGUUUAUGUCAGGUUCUUUUUUUAUUCAGUCCUAUCUCAUAUAGUCAAUAUCAAGCUUUUCGUCUUCAUCUCUGAUUUUCUGCUGGAUAUGACGUUAAACUCUAACACUGCAUCGCUUGCUGACUUCUUAUUAUGACAAUAUAUGAAAUGUGAUUCAGUAUGUAUGCAGCCACUCUCGCACUAAAUAAUAAAAGCUGCCCUAUAUUA